GUAGGGCUCUCUCAAGGCCCAGCAAGCUGCUUAGCGUAGCGUCAGAGAAAGAAUCAUAAUCCGUUCAGCAGAAGGAUAAAUUCCUAGGCCAGGGCUCUGCUGAUCCAGGUCCCGCCUGGCACCUGCGGCUCCCUGAGGUCUGCACAGUGCUUGCCUGCAUGAGGAGUCCAGCCCGGCCUGACAGAGUCCAGAAACCAAGGGUCACUGCAGUGUCUCGGCCAGCCUCACCAUGAACCUGGAGCCACCCAAGGCUGAGAUUCGGUCAGCCACACGGGUUAUAGGAGGACCGGUCACCCCCCGGAAAGGACCACCUAAGUUUAAGCAGCGGCAAACCAGGCAGUUCAAGAGCAAGCCCCCCAAGAAAGGCGUCCAAGGGUUCGGGGAUGACAUCCCUGGAAUGGAAGGCCUGGGAACAGACAUCACUGUCAUCUGCCCUUGGGAGGCCUUCAAUCACCUGGAGCUGCAUGAACUGGCGCAGUAUGGCAUCAUUUAGUCAGAUCCCCACCACUCGAGCCCUGUGGAAGAGGCCCACUGGAGCCCGCUCAACCCCGCCCCUCUGUAAGCCCGUCCAGGACCCUGCCCAAGCCUGAGCUGACUCCCUAGCCAGGUUGCCCUUGGCCUCCAGGCAGAAAACCUCAGCCCCGACACCUGCUACCAAGAGCCCACCAUCUCCCACACAACACUCUGCUGACCUGAGGUUGCUGGUCAGGAGAGAGAAGGGAGGGGGUCCCAGCCCCACUUCCUGUCCUUCUUGUGGCUGGAACGCAGGAAUGGACUCCUCAGUGAUGCUUCCCUGAACUGCCUUCUGUGGGUAGGAGAGAUCCCCUGCCUUGCAGCCCCUCCAGAAGGGUGUCUUGGGGUGAGACACUGUCCUGGGUGAUGCGCUGAGAGAGACUAAGGCUGCUGUACCAUUAUACCAACCUUCCCAACAUGCUCUGUCCCUUGCUGCUAUUUCAAAAUAAAAUGAGCACGUCCUUGCUUAUCUGAAGCACAAAGACAGAGGGGUGCACCCCUGGUGGGGUCACUUGUCGGCACCAUGGAGGAAGGACCAGGGCAG